AUGCAAUUUUCCACCAAGUUAGUCAUUCAUGACCUAAUCCUUAGUUCAACUAGUUCAACAAUCAACACGAUUAUUCAAUCAUAUCAAUUGAAUUCGACAAAGGAAAACACCUCUCUACACAAUACGCCAAAAGAACACGUUCAACUAAAUAGUUUACCAUUGGGUAUUUUUCUCAGUUUAUUUUGUUUUAUUACUGUGUUUGGCAAUGGUCUUGUCAUAUAUGCUAUUGUUCAAGAGCGUUAUCUUAAAUCGGCAACAUAUUAUUAUAUGGCAUCAUUAGCUUGUGCUGAUCUAAUUGUCGGGUUAAUUGUUAUACCAUUUGCUAUUGUGCAAGUUAUAUUCGAUGAUUACUGGCCAUUUGGUAAUACCUUGUGUGAUCUUUGGCAUUCGAUUGAUGUGUGUGCGACUAUAACAAAUCCGAUCUCCUAUCAUCAAACAUUUUUUGUUAAGCGAUGGCCAUAUUUACUUGCCGCUGUUUGGUUAUGUUCAGGUUUGAUCUCAUUUCCUGCCAUCGCUUACUGGCGUCUUAACUCACGUCAAUACAAUGAAAAUCUCUGUCAAUUUCCUGAUGAUGUAUAUUACGUUCUCUUUUCAUCGUUAAUUUCGUUUUAUAUUCCUUUAUUUGUCAUGAUCUUUGUCUAUAUAAGAAUCUAUCGUGCUGCAGUUAAACAAUUACAGGCAUUCAAAACCGGUGUUAAACUUGCAUCACCAACAACGAAAAGAAAUAGGAAAGGUUUGAAAGACGAUGAAACACCAAGUGCACCUCCACCUGAUGUCUGUUUACGUAUUCAUCGCGGUAAAUAUCAUGGUAUACCAUCGACAGCACGUGAAUCUUCAUCAACAGCCACUCCUGCUGAACCUGGUCGUUUAUCGAAUUCCGAUGAACGCUCGACAACCUUGUCCACGAACAAAUCUUCCAUACCAAUAAAGAAAUCGACUAGUGUAUUGAACGCUCCAGCAACAUCGACAACCACUGAUAAUCACCAAUUAUCGAUUGUUAAUUUGAAUACGAAAAGAAUGUCCACGCAAGAUAUUCUAUCGCCCUAUGAAUCAGCCCGAACAUCGAAAGUGAACACGAACACAGGCGGCGCGACAUCGAUCGGAAAGCGUUUAACAAAAUUCUCCAAAGAACAAAAAGCUACAAUUACGCUAGCUUAUGUCAUGGGUAUCUUUGUUCUCUGUUGGUUACCAUUUUUCGUCUAUAAUCCACUGACAGCAAUCGUGAAAAAGAUCAUUAAGGAAAACAAACCGUUAACACCAAUAGAAAAGAUUCUGACUGGAAGCGACCUUGUCUUUCAAAUGUUCACCUGGUUCGGAUAUAUCAAUUCAAGUGUCAAUCCAAUUAUCUAUGCUUAUUCCUCACGUGAAUUUCGUCGAGCUUUUAUUAAAUAUUUAUGUCGAUGUUUUCCGAUUCGAGUACGAAAUUUAAUGAUGUCGUAUCAUAAUCUACAUUUAUUACGUUAUCGUCAUGCACCUGAAUCGAACGUUUCGAAAGAAAACAAUGAAUCGGGCUCCGAUCAUAACCAUCACCUCGCUAAUCAAAUCAACCCAGGUAAACAACAUCUGAUUUCAUCCUCAUCAUCGUCAACAAUGAUCUUAUCGAAUAUACACAACAAAACUCGACAUUCGCUUUCAUCGAAACAAACGAAAAGCCUCCAGAUUCAUCAGAAGAAAAAGCAUUCACGUCUUUGGUUACUGACGAAUUGUUGUCGAAUAAAAACAAUUCAACAACAAGAUAGCAACGAUAAUCGUUCAUCACAUACGGCUUCCUUGAAAAGUACAGUCGCAGCAACUGCAACAACGAACAAUACACUUGUUGAUUAUUGUACCUAUCACGAUGUUGCCAUAUCUCGGGUAACAUGUGUCUGA